UUUUUUCUCGGGCUCCCUGUAGGCUGCAACAUCUUGAAGAAGCAAGGCAACAAGUAAGCCUGAUAACUGCAGCCAGUUGACCCCUUGAGUAAUAUUUGAUGGAAACUGGACAUCCUCCCACAACCUGGAUGGACCUGUACUUUAGACUUGAUCAUAUUGCAAAAUCUGCAGCAAUUGCAUAACAACCCAGAAAUACAUGAAUAAAGGAGGGUGGGAUGAAAAGGAGGGCAGGACGAGGGAGAGACUUGAGACGAGUAUAAAAGCUUCAUGGGAUCGGGAAGGAGAUAUUUGCUCAGUUUGGUCCACAGCUCAACCUAACUGGAGCUCCUCAGAUCACAGAAGGGAAAAAUCUGGGGUCAGUCACUCCACUUCCAGAAGAGAAAGAAGAAGAGACCUUUGAAAAAUGCCUUACGUUAGACAGAAGUUCAUUGACAUUCUGGAAAAAGCAAUGGAAGAUGGUGAAAAGAUGACUCGAGAGGAAAUGCUAUUUACUUAUGACGGAGUUGUGUACCCCACAGCUCUUUGCAGCCCAGAGCAGUUCAAAGCUCUUGAAUCUUUUGAGGCAAGAAGUGAUGAUGUGUUUCUAGCAGGAUACUGCAAAUCCGGUACCAACUGGGUUGGCCAAAUAGUUACAGAUUUAGUAGUCACAUCUGCAAAGAAACAUGAACCGGAGAAACUGAAUGAAAAAUUGCUACUUGCGGAAAUUCCGUAUAUUGAAAUUGGAGAUCUUGAAAAGUAUCAGAGGAUGAACGGCUAUCCCUCCAGGAGAGUGAUGUUUACUCAUCUCCGCCCUGAUAAGUUUCCAAAAUCCGUCUUCAAGAAUAAAGCCAAAAUAUUGCUGCUCAUUCGGAAUCCAAAGGAUGUCGCUGCAUCUUUUUUCCAUUUCUCGAACACCUUCGCUCCAUAUCCCCCUUAUGAUAAAUUUGAAGAUUACUUCCGAGCUUUAAUGGAAGGACAAAUGCCCUGGGGUUCCUAUAUUGAAUAUCUUUGCGUGUGGAACAAAUUCAUUGAUAAAGAAAAUGUCAUGCCAAUAACAUAUGAAGAGCUGAAAGAGAACACAGCUGCAGGAGCCAAAAAAAUAGCUGAAUUCUUUGAACUGAACCUAAGUGACGAAGACUGUCUUGGUGUUGCAGAAAGGAGCACUUUCAAAGCUAUGAAAGGCAAUUCCAAAUCAACCCAUGGAGAAUUUGGUGAUGUUCUUUUCCGUAAAGGUGGUGUAAGUGACUGGAAGACACUUUUCAGUCAAGAAAAGAGUCAGGAAAUGGACAGAAUAUUUAAAGAAAGAUUAGCAGGGACCAAGGUGGGAUCAAUUAUAAAAUACGAUGUCUAUUGUAAAUAAUGAAGACUGAAGAACAGAUGUAACUACUAGGAGAGGAUUCAUAAAUGAUCCUCUGAAUUUCAAGGACAGCAAGAAAUCCAGGUUUUUGGAAUGAAUUCAUCAACAUUAUAUCUAUAUGAAAGGGCAAGAGAAAUUAUACCAGCUUUUUUGGUGAAAACUUUCAAUAUAUACAUGUACUCAUCCUAUAAUUAAUCCUAAUCAGAUCGAUGCCAGAUUGUUCUUUCAAAGAUAUAAACUUUGUAAAAUGA